AUGAAUCAGUCGCUAGCUACACUAAUAAGAAUCAAGUUAUUUCAGGGAAAUAGUGGUAGUGCACAAGGUUCAGAUACUCCAAAUACCGAUAAAGAAAAGCAAAGUGAUAAAAAACCAAGAAAUUGGCUGAAAGCUAAGCGGUCCGGUCAUAAAGAGGUUUCGCGUUCGAGUUCAGACUCUGAUCUUUUGAAUGCUUCAACUAAUGGCUCUCAGGAUUUGGUAGAUGACAACACAGCUGAAGAUCCCAUCAAAUCUUCGCAUGAAGAUGCGGAAGAACAAGAGCAACGCAAAGAAAUACCAGAAGGCAAUGGCGUUGAAACCAUGGCAAAAGGGAAAGCUUGCUCCGAUGCUUGUCUGGAGCAGACAACAUCUGACAAUUCCGUUAGAAAACAAAAUAGUCCUUCUGCACUAUCUGCAGACGGUAGCAGAAGCCCAAGGAAACAAGGAAAACUGCGAACCUUUAGGGAAAAAAUGAGUAUUCCAGAUUUACAUUUUCGAUCAACAUCAGCUAACCUUCGUCUAGAUCGCCAAAGCUAUGAGAGGUCAAAAAAAUCAGAGAGCGUGCCACCUAAUGGCCAAGUAAAAAGUGCCAGGGUGUACAGCAUUCUACCAUCUUCGAUGAGUCCCAAAAGAUUAAGUGCUGAGUACUCCUAUAAAAGCCCAGCACAACUUCCCAAAUAUAGCUUUGAGAAUGCAUCCAAUGACACUAGCAUGCUGUCUAGAACAUCCUCUAAUACCUCCUUACUUUCCUCGACGAGGUUUUCGCCGAGAAAAACAAACAUAGUAAAUGGCUCUUCUACAAGCUCAUCGGUUCGUUUCAUUGAACCUGUAGUAAAUAUGUCAAAUGGCAACCUUUCAAAUGGAACAAAAACAAAGGGAAAAUUUAAUAGUGUCAGCAAUGGUCAUACAUACCAGCAUUCAAAGACCAAUUCUGUAGAGGUUAAAAAUGCUACGGGAAAGAGUCUUCUCCUCGGGAGAAGGAGAAGUCGGACUGUAGAUGUCUCAGAUUACACCAGAACUUCGAGCUCUCAGUGGCAGCAAUCCGCAUCAACGAAUAGUGACUUUAUUUCAUCGAUUACUAUACAUCUCAAGAAGUCAAGAAGCAAUUCAUUACUUACAAAGUCGCCUUUGGCAACGCCACUAGAUAAAGCAAGUUAUCAAAAUCCUGACGAAAAAGGAAGUGUGAAUUCAGUGCGACUGUCAGAAAGUACUACAUCUUCAACUAUGCCAGGUGCAUCCAUGACACAACCGACAAUUCCAUCUAUGUCAAGGAGAAGUAGUUCGUUGGUGAAUGCCUUGAACAGUUUUGUCAAUUUGAGAUCCUCAAGCGCCUCGUCCGUAAAAGGUAGCAGCAGUAAAGCUGUCACACCGAAAUUUGAUCUUAAAUUGGAAGACUUUCCUUCACCCCCAGAGCCCGAGAUCGAUGAAACGCACGCCAACUUUUUACGGCGCCUGACUCCCUAUGGUAAGUUUAUUGCAGUUAUACUUUGCCAAAAAAGCAAUGCCUUCAAGGAUGAAUGUCUGAGGUUUUACCUUUCAAACUUCUUUGAUUUCUCUGGAGAGCCACUAGAUAUCUCUUUGAGAAAGAUUUUGAUGUUUCUAGAACUUCCUCAAGAAACCCAACAAAUAGAUAAAUUGCUCACAGAAUUUGCGCAUUGCUAUUAUCAGACGCACUUAAAAGAUGAGGAAUACUGCCCUUGGAAAGAUGAAAAUCAGGUGUACUUUAUUGUUUUUUCGCUACUAAUGUUACACACUGAUUAUUUCAACCUAAAUAAUCGGUCUAAGAUGACCAAAAAUGAAUUUAUCCAGCUUGUUCACGAGGAUCAACUAUCUGGAGGUUGUGACAUACCAAAAGAUAUAUUGUUGUAUUAUUAUGACAACAUCAUCUCAAAGGAAUCUCCAAAAUUUGAUUUUUCCUGUUACCAGGAGUUAUUGUCUUCAGAAGAAGCCGAUGAACAAAAUAGUCUCACAACGGAGAAAUCAUCAGCAGAUUUUUAUUCUCCAGUGGCUAUUAUCAAAGCAACAAGUUCAAAUGUAUGCCAUGAUUGUACCCCUUCAUCUUUUGCUAUUACUGGACGAACGUCCUCUAAUUCCUUCUCCUCCUACUUUCCACAAAUUCCUGCGUCAACUUCUAGCAGCAAUACUUCCUUGGUUCAAGAUGAUAUUGACAUCUAUGCUCAAAUAUUGGACGAUUCCUUAAAAGGCUUGAAUAUGUCGUCAGAAGUCGAGCGUCUCUGGAAUGGCGUCUCUCUUACUAAUAGAUUGAUUGCUGAUGACAAUAAAUAUGAGAAAUAUUUCACCAUUCUCAAUGAAACAAAAGGAGGUUAUCUGAAAAUUCAUAAAAAUCAAAUUGGAAAAAUUGCACUUUCAAAUUUCGAGACGCUGAAUAAAACUGAUAAUGAUUAUGCGCUACUGAAGAUUGUUCAUAUGGGGGAGAUUCAAAAAUUAACAGUGAAUAAGAAAUUCUCUAUAGUUGGAUCAGUAAACAAGAUAUUAUGGAAAAAAGAAUAUGCAAUAUUAACUCCAUGCUGCCUUCUGCUGUUUGAGAAUGCUGACUGGGUGGAUCCUUCUCUAGUGAGAGAUGAGAAUUCAGGGACAUCCAACUAUAUCAUUGAUUAUAAAGCGAAUGGCUCCAUUCUAUUCACUCCCCCAUUAGCAUGUAACGGACUCCUUGCUAUUAGUAAGAUAAGUGAAGCGGCCAAAGCAAACACAGAGAAACUUGAUAUUGAUGUUGAUCCUUGUGCAAAUUUGGACGUCUUACCGCGCGAUCAAGAAUCAAAGGUCAACAACACUGAUGAUUAUAUUUUGCAUCUAUAUGCGUCACAAAAGAAAUUUAUUUGGAAAUGUAGCAGCGUAUACGAAAGGGAUAAUUGGAUCGACUCGAUAAACUUGGUGGCUGCAUAUGAUGGAUGUUAUUACAACCCCAAAAGUCUCGAGAAUGUUAUCAUAUCUCACAGAAAGCAUGAUGCUAAAUUGAAACUUGAAAAACUGGCUAAUACUAGAGCUGAAAAGAGUGAAAGGCUUUUAGCGUUUCAACAUAGCUUACCGCUCUAUAAACAAGCAAUCCCUAUAAGCUACAAGACUAAAAAUGACUUGGCUUCUCAAAUAAGACAGCUGGCUGUUAAAUUAGAGUGGUUGGUUCAUGAAAUCGAAAGAAGUCAACUGUAUUAUGAGAUAAUUCAGCAAGUAGUGUCACAGUUUGGUCCCUUUGUCAAUCAAAAUCUCAAAGAUCAGGGUAAAGAGUCAGAAAGCGAUCUCAAAUCGAUCAAAGGAAGUUUUAUUUUCAAUGAUGAACUCUUGAAUGCUUCUCUCAAUCAAGAUCGGUCCUGA